AUGCGAAUGGUGAGGUCAACAUUGCUAUGCUGUCUUUGGUUCACAACAGUAAUUUGUUCUCUACUCCAACCACUAAAACUGGAAAUAAUUCAACCUGUAACAUACCAUAAGCUUGAAAGACUAUUUUAUCGAAUAGAGCAAAUAGGAAUAGACGGGGAGACUUUUCGGAUAUGGACUUUAAGUGGAUACCACAAUAUAGCUAACGAACAGUCAAACUUUAAAUACUUAACCACAAAAUUUGUUGACAGUUUUGAGAGAGUUCUUGCUCUUCGAGGAUUGGCGACCAGGAAUAUCUCACUAAACUCACUAAAAAUCCAGGCCUGCAUCAUCGACAAGAUCAAAACCCAAGAAUUAAUCAAUACUGCAGUUGAAUUAGAUUAUCUAGCUGUUACCAACGAUAUUAAAAUAAAUAAUACCAAGUAUGUGAUAAAGGUGAUAUUUGACAACAUAGCUAAAAACUACCUUGGCUAUUAUCUGUGGCGGUUAGAAUGGUUAACACAGCGUAAUAGCCAGGUAACAGAGCAAGAGCUAUACUACAUUUAUACCAGAGUCGAAACAAUGGUUAGUCUAGUAAAGGACAAAUUAAACCAAUUAUACAGCCUACCACUUACAAAAUUCAUGGAGUCUGUCUUAAUCCCCAUGGAUGGACUAAAUUGUAACAUGAGCCAGGUGGUAGACUGUCUCAAGAAGAGAAGAAAGAAAGAAGAAUGCCGUGAUUCUAAAGAUCACAAAUGCUUGGAGUCCCUCUUCCAUCUGACAUUUGUUACUUUAAUAAUUCCAAUCCCACUGGUGGUUCUAUAUAGAGUAUGCUCUGUGUCGGCUGGUUACGUAUGUGUAGAAGGUAUUGGAGUACUAGGUCUCUUAAUAACAAAGUCGCUCACUUCGCAGUUCUUCUAUUUGUUGUUCACUAGGGUCAAACACGACUGUUUAAAGUGGCUAUUUGAAGUGGAAAGGCUCUAG